AUGCGCUAUGGUCACUUGUAAAUUUUACAAAUCCACCUUUUGUCCGCUUUCAGACAUGCGUAGUGAACGUCGGACAGUCACGCAUGCGCGAGUCGUUUUCGGUGGAUGUUCGGUUUAGGUAGUGACCGCUAGCAUAAGUUAACGGUUAUGUGAAGAUGGCGGCACACAGUCGUUCUCCGCUGUUGUUGCUGCGCUUUUUAUUUGUGUGUGUCUGUAGCUACGUCUCUGUCCUGGGCUUAAAGUUUCCGAGCGGCCCGGCAGAACCACCCCAUCCUCACGGCGUCAGAGUCAUGGAGGCACCUGUCGUCGCUGGGGCCUCUCAGCUUCGACGGACGACCGGUUGGAAGCUGGCGGAGGAGGAGGCCUGCCGGGAGGACCUGACCCGCCUCUGCCCCAAGCACACCUGGACCAACAUCCUGGCGGUUCUGGAAUGCAUGCAGGACCGCAAAGAGGAAAUAGAGCUCUCUCCUGACUGCAACCACCUCCUGUGGAACUACAAGUUAAAUCUGACAACAGACCCAAAGUUUGAGUCUGUAGCCACAGAAGUGUGCAGGAGCACCAUCGCUGAGAUAAAGGAGUGUAACGAGGAGGUGAGGGGGAAGGGCUACCUGGUGUCAUGCCUUGUGGAUCACAGAGGAAACAUCAGCGAGUACCAGUGCAGCCAGUACAUCACCAAGAUCACCAGUGUCAUCUUUAGUGACUACAGACUGAUUUGUGGGUUUAUGGACAAAUGCAAAGAAGACAUAAACAGCCUGCACUGUGGCAGCAUCAACGUAGGACAGAAGGACAUCCACUCCCAGGGCGAGGUGAUCGCCUGUCUGGAGAAGGCUCUGGUGAGGCAGGCAGAGCAGCCGGAUCGCGCUCAUCCUAUCAAAGAGGAAUGUCAGAAAGCCAUCCUUCGGGUCGCCGAGCUGUCGUCUGACGACUUUCACCUGGACAGACACCUUUACUUCGCCUGCCGGGAAGACCGCGAGAGAUUCUGUCAGAACGUUCAGGCAGGAGAAGGUAAAGUCUACAAGUGUCUGUUUAAUCACAAGUACGAGGAUGCCAUGUCGGAAAAGUGCCGCGACGCCCUGACGACCCGACAGAAGCUGAUUUCUCAGGAUUACAAAGUCAGCUACUCUCUGGCUAAAGCCUGUAAGCUGGACCUGAGGAAGCAGCACUGCAGCCUGGACACCAACCUGCCUCGAGCCCGCGAGGCUCGGCUGUCCUACCUGCUACUGUGUCUGGAGGCAGCCGUUCACCGAGGUCGUCCAGUCAGCGGCGAGUGUCAGGGAGAGAUGCUGGACUUUCGGCGGAUGCUGAUGGAGGAUUUUUCCUUGAGCCCUGAGAUUGUUCUUCACUGUCGGACGGAGAUCGAGGCUCAGUGCUCCGGGCUGCAUCGAAAAGGCCGCACACUGCACUGCCUGAUGCGAAUCGGUCGAGGAGACCGCACCUCUGCCAUCGACAGCAUCUGUCAGAAUGCACUGCAAACUUUGAUUCAGUCUGCUGAUCCUGGAGCUGAUUAUCGGAUCGACCGAGCGCUAAACGAGGCCUGUGAAUCAGUCAUCCAGACAGCCUGUAAACACAUCCGCAGUGGAGACCCGAUGAUCCUAUCAUGUCUGAUGGAGCAUCUGUACACAGAGAAAAUGGUGGAGGACUGUGAGCACCGGCUGCUGGAGCUGCAGUAUUUCAUAUCCAGAGACUGGAAACUGGACCCCGUCUUGUACAGGAAGUGCCAGGGCGAUGCCGCUCGCCUCUGCCACACGCACGGAUGGAACGAGACCAGCGAGCUCAUGCCACCAGGAGCCGUUUUCUCCUGCUUGUACCGACACGCCUACCGCACAGAGGAGCAGGGACGGAGGGUAAACUCAGGUGAGCGGUUAUCCCGGGACUGUAAGGUUGAGGUUCAGAGGAUCCUCCACCAGAGGGCGCUGGAUGUGAAAUUGGACCCGGAGCUGCAGAAACACUGCAUGACUGACCUAGGCAAGUGGUGCAGCGAGAAGACGGACACGGGACAGGAGCUGGAGUGUCUGCAGGAUCACCUGGAAGACCUCGUGUCCAUCUGCAGGGAGGUGGUCGGGAACCUGACAGAGCUGGAGUCAGAGGACAUCCAGAUAGAUGCUCUGCUCAUCCGAGCCUGUGAUGCUGUCAUCCAGGCCCACUGUCAUGAUGUAGCCGAUAACCAGGUGGACACAGGUGAUCUGAUGGAGUGUUUGGUUCAGAACAAACAGCAGAAGGAGAUGAACGAUAAGUGUGCCGUUGGUGUCACACACUUCCAGCUGAUUCAAAUGAAGGAUUUCAGAUUCUCCUACAAAUUCAAGAUGGCAUGCAAGGAGGACGUUCUCCGCUUGUGUCCCAACAUCAAGAAGAAGGUGGAUGUCGUCAUCUGUCUGAGCACCACGGUGAGGAACGAUACCCUGCAGGAGGUCCGAGAGCAGCGGGUGUCUCUGAAAUGUCGCAAGCAGCUUCGUGUGGAGGAGCUGGAGAUGUCUGAAGACAUUCGGCUGGAACCAGAGUUGUAUGAUCCCUGUAAGUCUGACAUCAGCCGUCUGUGUCCCAACGUGGCGUUUGGUAAUGCCCAGAUGAUCGAGUGCCUUAAGGAGCAGAAGAACCUGCUGAGUCAGCGCUGCCACCAGCGCAUCUUCAAGCUGCAGGAGGUGGAGAUGAGCGACCCAGAGCUGGACUACCAGCUGAUGAGAGUCUGCAAGCAGAUGAUCAAGCGGUUCUGCACUGAAGCCGAUGCCAAGAACGUCCUCCAGUGCCUGAAGCAGAACAAGAACAGUGAGCUGAUGGAUCCCAAGUGUAAACAGAUGAUCACCAAGAGACAGAUCACACAGAACACGGACUACAGGCUGAACCCGAUGCUAAGGAAGGCAUGUCGAGCCGACAUCCCAAAGUUCUGCCAGUCCAUCCUGAACAAGGCCAGCGAGGACCGUGAGCUGGAGGGUCAGGUCAUCGCCUGCCUCAAACUCAAAUAUGCUGAUCAGAGGUUGUCUCCAGACUGUGAAGACCAGAUCAGAGUGAUUCUUCAGGAGUCGGCGCUGGACUACAGGCUGGACCCGCAGCUGCAGAUGCACUGCUCAGAUGAAAUCACCAAACUGUGUCCAGAGGAGGCGGCGGCUCAGGAGCAGACGGGUCAGGUGGAAGAGUGUCUGAAAGUCAACCUGCUUAAAAUCAAACAGGACGCCUGCAGAAAGGAGGUUCUGAACAUGCUGAAGGAGAGUAAAGCAGACAUAUUUGUGGACCCGGUCCUCCACACGGCCUGUGCUCUGGAUCUGAAACACCACUGUGCCGCCAUCACCCCUGGAAGAGGACGGCAAAUGUCGUGUCUGAUUGAGGCGUUGCAGGACAAGAGGAUUCGUCUGCAGCCUGAAUGCAAGAAACGGCUUCAGGACCGCAUUGAUAUGUGGAGCUACGCUGCUAAGGUGGCGCCGGCGGAGAACUUCUCAGACCUGGCCGUCCAGGUGAUGACAUCACCCUCCAAGAACUACAUCCUGUUCGUCAUCGCCAUGAGCCUGUGCGUCCUCUUCCUGGUGGGGCUGCUGUGUGGUCGCAUCACAAAGAGAGUGACGAGAGAACUGAAGGACCGAUAGAACGCCAGUCCUCCCACCCUCCUCCUCCUCCCAGUUACCCCCUCUGUAACCGUGCCAACAACCCACCUGGACCCCCCCCCUCAAAAACCAAAUACUUCAGUCUGUCUAAGCAUCUCCAAACUCUUGACUGUUUUUCGAGCAUCUGCCGCUGCUGGGAUUGUUGUUUGAGGAUGGGAGCGAGGCGCUGGAGCCUCUAACCGCUGUAGCUGAGACUGGGGUUGGGUGGACUUCCUCUGGUUCAGCCAGAUUAUUUUUAUGUGACGUGUAAGUGAGGCCUGACGCUGCUCCGGUUGCACGUGGACAUAAUGAGACAGAAAGUGUUUGCUUUUGAACUCUUGAGACGAUUCUGCUGCUUUUGAAGCGUGGCCACCGCUCAUGAAGCCCCAUCCCGUCCAGAAAUACGACUCUGCUCUCAGAUCAGUUCAGCACUUUCUGCCGGCUGAAAAAGCCAAGCUGGUCUCCGGGGAAAAAGAAUGUCAUCUCCUUAGUUACACUUGUUUUUAUUUAAAAGCUAAUUUCAUUGCACUUUUUUAUUUUCAUGUUUAAUUUAUUUUUGCUUGAUUGAAUCUGACGAGGGUGCACUUUGCUUUUACUCCAUGUGACAGUUUUUUAUGUUUAAUUAAAAAUGCUGAAGAGCUGCUAUAGUGAGACAAGCGGAUUAUAAACCCCAGAUUGCACCACCGUCCUGAACCCACACGGCUCCUGUUUCCUCACUCCUGGAACGCUGUGAGGUUUUGUAAACAUCGGUAGAAUUUUUUUACGUUUCAUCUUGUAAACCCUGCCUUUAGAGCCCCUUUCUGGUGGCAAAAAAAUGUAAUUCAGCAAACUGUUUUAACCGAUUUUAUUUCAAAUGAAAAUCAAACCUGAUGAAAAACAGACUAAAUACUUUCUAAAUCCUUGACUUGAUCUCAGUAAUGAAGGCUUCAAUUUGUGCAAUAGAAACUUAAAUGCUGACAUUUUCUUGUGAAUUAAUAUGAAAUAUUUGUUUAAUAAACUGCACUCACAAUAACAAUA